AUGGUUAUCUGGGAAGAGUUUAUUAAGAAUAUUUCCAUAGUUACCACUUCAAACUCAACAGUUAAUUACAAUGAAAGAACAUCUUGUAAAGGCAGACAAGGAAACGUCCUUAGCGUUGUGUCAAGCAAGACAACAACAUCAUCAGAAAAGGCAGUUAUUAUGAGUCCUCGAUAUCACUUACCACUUGGGUGGGUCAAAUCACCUGCAAAAUGCCUAAGAUUCCAAUAUCGUCUGUGGGGCCCCGGAGCAAAGGUCCUGAAAUUAUACCAAAUCUUAGAUGACAAAAUGUUCCCAUGGAGGCAAAUAUGGAUUGAUGAAGAUAGCAGCUCGAGUGAUUGGAAAGAAGGUCAAGUCACUCUUUCGGCUGUGACUGGUUAUCAGAUUGCCAUCGAAGGUGAAGUGUCCAAUGCACCGGCCCUCAUAUCAAUAGGAGCACUGUAUACUACUGAUGGGUAUUGUGCUAUUUUGCCUAUUACUUCAAAUAAAGUCUGUAAUGAAAUAUUUACAAACUCAUCUGGCMUCAUCAUGUCACCCUACUAUCCUAGUUACUACAGCAACAACGCCACYUGCAACUCGACCAUCAAAGCAAAGCAAGGUCACGUGAUUCGACUAGAUAUCGAUGAGUUUGAGCUGGAAAUGAGCACGCGAUGUGAAAAUGACUACGUAGAGGUCUAUGAUGGCGAGACACGAAUCGGUAGAUAUUGUGGUGUGAGGUAUCCACCUAUCAUUCAGUCAACCACCAACCAAUUUUCUGUGCUAUUUCAUUCAAAUGCGAGGAUCACCCGCGCAGGGUUUAUGGCACGUUACCGAAUCCUGAAAGAUGAUGACACCAAUAAAGAAUGUUUGCAAGAUUGCCCAGCUGAAUGUGAAUGUCGAAGGCUGUCAGAUGGCAGAGUAGUAGUCUCAUCCCGAAGUCUUAAUUCAGUUCCUGGUCAACUUCCUCUGCAAACAGCUGUCGUCUUAUUCCCUGGAAAUAAAAUUUUUCGGAUAGAUAGCAAGACCUUCAAGAAUCUGCAAUAUAUGUCUUUAAUAGACCUGAGUUAUAAUAGGCUGAUCCACAUGGAUCGAAAAUCGUUCUCCACUCUUCCAUCGCUUCAUACUUUGCGGCUCAACAUGAAUUUCAUGAGAGAAAUAGAAAGCGAAACAUGGGACGCAGUCGAAACACUACAAAACCUAGAUAUUGGAGACAAUUUAAUAUCGAGCAUUGGGAGUCAGAUUUUUUCCAAUUUACGAGAUUUGAAAGUAUUAAGUCUUCGUGACAACCUCAUCAAGUUUCUUGACGUGAAUACUUUUCAGAACAAUACGCAAUUGAUGUCUCUAUAUCUGCAUAGUAAUGCGAUUCCAAAAAUCCCUGAUGGACUCUUCCGUAACCUAAGAAAGCUUAAAGCGCUACAACUACAUGACAACAAGCUGGAAACGUUAACCAAAUCAUCGUUCAGAGGACUUUCAAUGCUUGAAAAAUUAACACUCAACAAUAACACCAUAAAGGAAUCAAAAGUACCUCGUGACGUCUUUUCAGAAUUGAAAAACCUCAAAUACCUCACAAUGGACAGCUUUAUGCUUUGUUGUUAUGCCAAAAAGACUAUUCCAAAUCUAAAGACGUGUGAAUCACAAGCAAAUAGUUUUUCAAGYUGCGAGGACAUGCUGAAGCGCACUGCUAUUCGAGUUGGUAUUUGGAUACAAGGCUUSYUUGCUUCCUUUGGUAAUUUUGCUGUCAUCUUAUGGUGGACGAUUCAAGACAGGAAGAAGUCUCCAAAUGUGUCGAAAAAGUCCAGCGUGCAGUCAUUACUAUUGAGGAAUCUGGCUUUGGCUGACUUUCUUAUGGGCAUCUAUUUGCUUUUCAUAGCGAUACAAGAUAUCUUGUGGAAAGGGGAAUACGUGGAUCAUGACGUCGAAUGGCGAACCGGUAUCUCUUGUCAAAUAGCAGGAGCAAUUUCAACUCUAUCCAGCGAAGUGUCAGUGAUGAUGCUAGUGCUCUUGACAGGAGACCGAUUCAGUACAAUUGUGUUUGACUUCAGAGGCAAACGGUUGAGCUUGAAAMCUGCUUACUGCGUUUGCUCUGUCGUUUGGAUUAUUGGAAUAGCCAUUGCCUUCACUCCACUSUUUGCCACAAGCUACUUCAUCGAUGAAACGACCGGUUUCUCAUUCUAUGGACGAUCGACUGUUUGCCUUGCAUUUCAACUUUCCUCAGAGCAACCUGCAGGAUGGGAGUACUCCGUUGCUGUUUUCAUGGCCUUCAAUGGCGCUGCUUUCUUAUUCAUCUUUGUUGCUUAUGUAGCUAUAUUCAUAAAGGUCAAAAAGUCUGCCAAAAAAGUCCAGUCAACGAGAGAGCCUUCAUCUUUGGGGACACGAAUCAUGUUUAUUGUCCUUACUGACUUUUUUUGCUGGAUGCCGGUAAUCGUGCUCGGUCUUUUGUCUCUCACUGGUCAUUUUAAGGAUCCAACGGGACAAGUGUAUGCGGUGAUGGCUGUUUUUAUUCUUCCAGUGAAUUCCUCCAUUAAUCCUAUCUUGUAUACAUUUGCAACACCGCAAGCAAAGAAAGCAUUCAUGCAAUGGUCAUCAGCCAUUUCAGGUGCAAUUUCAGAAUUGAGAGCGAAGAGACGGUCUUUAAAUGAAUCUGGUAAACGAACGGAAGACAAGAACAAAAGGCAAACAGACGUUGAAUUGGUGCAGAUCAAACGAUCCUACCAAAACCAAUAGACUUCCUCAAGAUAUGUUGGAAAUAAAACAUUUCAGAUAAGUUACUAGAAAUAGAGAAAGUACACCACAACCUUUUUCGGAUAUUCUCCCUAAACUGUGUAUCAGAUUAUACUCACUUUGUUUGGGCUAAACGAUGAAGCUAAGCUUUAUAAAGACUCCAACGAAGGAUUAAGGUCAGAAACGUUAGUAGGUUGUUUUACCUAUUUUUUACGGUGUGAAAUUUACAUAUCAAACAAUUGUCUAACAUUCGCGUGCGGGAUAUCUGUGUUUUUUUGUGGGAUCCCUUAUUUUCAAGGAUGGGGGGAGACUAGGACAAAUUUAUAAUGGCAGACAUGCUUAAAAGCAAUUUCUCUGAAAAUUGUAAGUAAGUUUGGCAAACGAAUGAAUUUUUCUCCGAAGCAAUUGUUUGAUAUUUCUUUUUACACAACCGUCUCUUUAGAAACACCGACGCAGCUUACACUAGUUUACCGCUAGACUCCACCAAUUUUAACAGCAGAUAGCUUAGUAUUAAAAUAGGAUGACCAAAGACUGUUUCAUCUUUAAAUGCAUGAUUAUGGACCUGCUCUAAAAAAUAGAAUUACCUUAUUGGCGUAAACAUGCCUUUUAAAUGGAGAUUCACUAUGACAAUGAUGUUGAUAAUAGUUUACUAGAAAUAUUGGAUUUUCAGAUAAUUAAAAAGAAUCGCUAAUAAAUGCCACUAGACAAUAUGCUGCAGAAUCUCCUCAACAAAUAUUAUCUAAAGAGUUAAUAAAAUUAUAAAACUUA